AAAAUCAUAAACCCUGCAGCCCUUUUCAAAGAAUCACUAUCACUCAAAAUCAAGAACACAGCAGGCCAACAAUCUUGAACUGUAAAAUAAUAAAAUCGAUCUUGCAAGAAAAAAGAAUACGAAAGAUGGGAAGCAGAUUGGGAAGAAGAGUUGUGAACUUUGCCAACAUACCCAUCAAGCUUUUGAUGCCUACUUCUUUCUCUAACAUCACUGAAAUUGCUCUCAAAACCAUCCCCUCUGCCUCUAAGAUUGAGAUUAAAAGGGUUUUGGAAUCACUGUAUGGCUUUGAAGUAGAAAAGGUUCAAACUUUGAAUAUGGAUGGGAAAAAGAAGAAGAGGGGUGGGAUUUUAAUUGCUAAACCUGACUACAAAAAGGCUUAUGUCACGUUAAGGAAUCCAUUGUCGAUUUCCCCUGAUUUGUUCCCGAUUCGGUUGAUUGAGGAGGAUAAAAAGAAUUUGAAUAAGCAGUCUAAAUCCAGUUUUGUGGAGGGUGAUGAGGCUAAGAAGAAGUCGCAUUGGCUGGAAGGGAAUGGGAAGCCUGAAGUGAGUGGUGGACGUUGGCGCGGCAGGGAUCGUGGUAGCCAUAUGGGUGGUGGUAGAGAUCGCGGUGCUAGCCAGGGAGGUGCGGGCAGCAGUGGACAAGUGAAGUUUCCGUGGAGCAGUAUGAAGUCUUCGUCUAGGAACUAGAUCAUUCACAAUGGCAUUUCCAAGUGUCAUCCCAAUCAUUUCUUAAGCUCAACUACAAAGGCCUGUGAGAUUAAGCGGACUGUGGCUGUCUGCUGGUCUGCCCAUCUUUAGCAUGCAGAGUAGGAACUUACAGAAAGACCUUUACUUUUAACAGUGUUCUUAAAUUCUAGCUCAUUUUUUCAAAGCCCAUAUAUCUUCUACUCCAGUCUCUUCAUCCAUGCUAGGCAACCUUGUCUCUGUAUUUCAUGAUGUAAGAACCUAAGAUUUUUGGUUUUGUACUAAUUGUUUGAACUGCCUG